AUGGACGUUAAAGCAUUUAUGGUCGCCACGGAUUUGGAAAUGACUCUCUGCAGAUGUAGAAUUUGGAUAGAGGAUUCAAAUGGUCAUCGCAUAGCCGGUGACAAAAAAUACCAUGAUUGUACUAAUUAUUUUUACACUGGCCACGAAUUUAUUUAUUUUCCAAACCAAACGUACACGGUUUAUGCUAAAGUUGCAGGUAGUUUUAAGAAAAAGAAAGCACGAGGACCUUUUAAUGAAAAUACCUGUUUUAGUAUACAUGGCACUGUUAAUAAGUGGGGAUUUGAUCAAAAAUCUUGUUAA